AUGGAUGCACAGUCACAACGUGUAGCUAGAUGGUUGGAAGAGACGGACGAAGAGGAGGAGAAUGAUUUGGAGGACCUGCCGAGUAGCGAAGAUGAAGAAGAUUGUUGUUUAGAAGAAAGACACGAUUCUGAGUCGGAGCAAGAAAGCGAUGUAGGGGAACAGAUAAUCCCAGAUACUCCAUCUGUAUUGCAGCCGUUAUCAGAGUCAAGCUCAGACGAGGAUGUUCCAUUGGCCAAUUUAAGGAUUUACAAAUCUAAGUCAGGUCUUGAAUGGCAGGCCACACCAUACAGAACUAGCGUCCGAUCCCAAGCGUCGAACAUUCGUAGUCGUAUUUGUGGCCCCAAAAAUGACGCUUCAGCUUGCAAAACUCCAAUCUCUUGUUUUGAAUUAUAUUUUAAUGAGGAGACAAUAGAUAUUAUUACAAGAUGUACAAAUAUAUAUAUCGACAAAAUAAAAACAAAAUACCAAAGACAAAGAGAUGCCAAGAAUACAGACUAUACUGAAAUCAGGGCAAUGAUUGGGAUGUUACUCAUGAUGGGUGUAGAAAAAAAGUGGUCGAAGAAUACUGAAAGAUUUUUGGGACAAUAG